CGAUUUAUCCGCGGCUGAAACGCAUCUGACAGUUGUGCCUUCGCUACCAAGCAAUGCCCACACGUGUCGCCAUUUGGAUGCCGAUUCAUUCACACUUUAUCUUUCCUAUCGUAUAACCCACCGCGGCCCACAUUUAACCACUUUCCAUUUUUCACUCCCUAAAUCUCCUCAAAAUCAACGUUUCAAUUCUCGAUCGUCACUCAAAUUCGAAUUGAAAUUUUCAGCUCGUGAUUGAGAGGUAUUUUUGGGGGGAAAGCUUUUGAUUUAUCGGAACAUUGAACUGAACUUAUCAUUUCCCUGUAAUUCCGGAGGCAGAGCGCGACCACCAUGGGAGCUUCACAAAGUCGCGAAGGGCUCGAGCUUUCCGAUUCGGAAUAUUCCGACGAGGAGGAGGUAGAGGAAAGAGAGGAGGAGCACUAUUCGGAGAAGCAUGCCGAUGCAGAGGAUCGUGCCCCGCAGGUGAGUGCAAAAACCCUAGACGAAGUCGAUUCGAGGUUGAAUGCUUUAAAGCUGAAAUACCCGAGCAAUGCGUCUCCUUCGCCUCAGAAACCUAAAGUUGACUUAAGGAACGCCGCUAAGCUUUACCUUCAUAUCGGCGGCAACACGCCCAAGGCGAAGUGGGUGGUUUCUGAGAAGCUCAGUUAUUAUAAGUUUGUUAAGAAGUUGAAAAUCGAUGACGAGGACGAUUAUGAUGAAGACGAAUUGCGUCGUGGAGAAGGAUUUUGGGUUUUGAAAAUCGGGGAGAAGAUCGCUGUUAGGGUUUCCACGGAUUUGCAGAUGAAGUUUUUCGGGGAUCAGAGGAGGGUUGAUUUUGUGGAUAGGGGCGUUUGGGCGUUGAAAUUUUUCCUGGACGAGGAGUAUAGGGGUUUUGUGACUAAAUUUCAGGACUGUUUGUUUGAGAAUGUUUAUGGAUUGAGAGCGACAGAAGAAAACAAAUUGAAAAUAUAUGGAAAGGAGUUUAUAGGUUGGGUGAAGCCGGAGGAGUCAGAUGAUGCCAUGUGGGAGGAUGCAGAUGAUGGUGAGUGGAAGACUGCGGAUAAGAGGCCUGUGAAUUUCUCGGAUAGAGAGAGCCAGGAUUUGUUGGAGGAAUUCGAGGAGGCGGCAACGGGUGGCGGGAUUCAGAGCUUGGCUUUGGGGGCAUUGGAUAACAGUUUCUUGGUUAGUGAUUCAGGAGUUCAGGUUGUCAAGAACUUUAGUCAUGGGAUUCAUGGGAAGGGAGUUUAUGUCAAGUUUGAUGACAAGAAGUUGGAAUCGAGUUCUGGAAACUCCGGAACACCAAAGAAGGGGCUUUUGAUGAGGGGAGAGACGAACAUGAUGCUGAUGAGUCCAUUGAAGGAAGGGAAAUCACCUACUACUGGGCUUCACCAGUUGGAUAUUGAGACUGGGAAGAUUGUUACAGAGUGGAAGUUUGCAAAGGAUGGCGUUGAUAUCACUAUGAAAGAUAUCACUAGUGAUUCAAAGGGAUCACAAUUGGACCCUUCUGAGUCGACAUUUUUGGGUCUGGAUAAUAACAAUUUGUGCCAGUGGGAUAUGCGCGAUAGGAAGGGGGUAGUUCAGAAGAUCGCAGAUGCCAAUCCGCCUGUGCUGCAUUGGAAUCAAGGUCACAUGUUCUCGAGAGGGACCAACUUUCAAUGCUUUGCAACUGCUGGAGAUGGCUCCAUUGUUGUUGGGUCGCUUGAUGGGAAGAUUAGACUGUACUCGAGGACUUCUAUGAGGCAGGCGAAAACUGCGUUCCCUGGCCUUGGCUCGCCAAUAACAUCGGUUGAUGUCACCUAUGAUGGGAAGUGGGUGUUAGGCACCACAGACACGUAUUUGAUCUUGAUAUGCACUUUGUUCACGGAUAAGGAUGGUAGAACAAAAACUGGUUUUUCUGGACGGAUGGGAAACAAGAUUCCAGCUCCAAGGUUGCUGAAGCUCACUCCUGUUGAUGCACAUCUGGCUGGAGCUGGUAAUAAAUUCCACGCUGGUCAUUUCUCUUGGGUUACCGAGAGUGGUAAACAAGAAAAGCAUCUGGUUGCUACGGUGGGCAAGUUCAGCGUGAUAUGGAACUUUCAGCAAGUGAAGAACAGCGCACAUCACUGCUACGAGAAGCAGCAAGGACUGAAGAGCUGCUACUGUUACAAGAUAGUAUUGAAGGAUGAAUCCAUAAUCGAGAGCCGGUUCAUGCACGACAAAUUUGCAUCGGGCAGUUCCCCUGAAGCUCCGCUUGUUGUGGCAACUCCGAUGAAAGUAACUUCCUUCAGCAUGUCGGGGAAACGAUGAUGAGAUGAGGAUGUUGGCUUGUCGGUACUUGUUUUAUUUUAUAUACCUCCUCAAUCUAGUAUGUUUUGGUGUGUAGAUGGAGGAGUGUCCUUUUUCAGUGGGUAUUUAGAGUUUUUUCUUGUAUAGGGAAUUGAUUUGAUUCUUCACCUUUGUAUUUCCUAACAAUUGAAAUUUAAAUAUUAGCAAGAGUUUGAUUUGUAAAACAUUAA